GAGAGAUACAUGCAAGGUUCCACAUCAGUCUCAGACGUUGCAGGCUACCCAGAGUCAGAAUCGGCUAGACAGCCUCUCCAGGCUCUCCUGGCCCAAGUGCAUGUGUCACUAAUUGCUGAUAUGCGCCAGUCGCCAAGGCCUGUGGAGUUUCCCUAUGGCGAAAGAUCAUCACUAGACAUUUAACGGCUACUUCAUGACUGGGUAGAGAGAAGAAAGCCGAUAGUUUCUUCUAGCUAAUGUCAUUCAGCACACUCAAGAUCCCCUCUCCUAUCCUAAGACGCUUACUAGUAUGAAUUUCUUUCGCAACAUGAAGCUUACAGGAGGCAGGGAGCUCUUUCUGCCCAUUGCUUCUCUCUCAUCCGACCGAAGUGGGUUGGUAGUGGCUCAAAAAGAUUGUGAAUUAUUGGGCGAAGGUCA